UACACAUCAAUUUUGAUGAUUUAGAAUAUUAGAUUAAUUCGAUUUGAGUGUUUUUAAUUAAGAUAUAACAUUGUUAUUCAACAAUUUUAUAGCUAAUUAAGCUUAAUCUCCUAUUAGUAGUUUAUUCCGGCCUAUUUCUAAGCUAUCAAAAUGUUGGUUCUAGUCCUGGGCGACUUACACAUCCCGCACCGCACCGCCAGCCUCCCGCCCAAGUUCAAGAAGCUGCUACUACCAGGUCGCAUUCAGCACAUCCUGUGUACAGGCAACCUCUGUACCAAGGAGUCCUAUGACUAUUUGAAGACGCUGGCCAGUGAUGUGCAUGUGGUUAGAGGAGAUUUUGAUGAGAACUCCACCUACCCAGAACAAAAAGUCAUAACUGUUGGCCAGUUCCGCAUUGGCCUGGUGCAUGGACACCAGGUUGUCCCCUGGGGCGACGAAGAAUCCCUCGCACUGGUGCAGAGGCAGCUAGAUGUAGACAUCCUGAUUUCUGGACACACACACCGGUUCGAGGCGUACGAGCAUGAGAACAAGUUUUAUAUCAAUCCUGGGUCCGCUACUGGAGCUUACAGUCCACUGUUCAGGAGUCCGACGCCGUCAUUCGUGCUAAUGGACAUCCAGAGCUCCACCGUGGUCACAUAUGUGUACAAGCUGCUUGGCGACGAGGUGAAGGUUGAGAGAAUCGAGUAUAAGAAGGCGUAGUCUACAUAUAAAUAAGUAUAGAUCUAUUAUACCCUCCUGACGACAGGGUUUCAAUAUUUGCCAGCUUAAAUUUAACUCUGUUAAGUUGACAAAGAGUCAAAAUUUAAUUGGGGCCUAUGUCCUACGUGUAGGCCUAAGCGCUGGCGGCCUAGCGGUAAGAGCGUGCGACUUGCAAUCCGGAGGUCGCGGGUUCAAACCCCGGCUCGUACCAAUAAGUUUUUCGGAACUGAUGUACGAAAUAUCAUUUGAUAUUUAUACCAGUCGCUUUUCGGUGAAGGAAAACAUCGUGAGGAAACCGGACUAAUCCCAACAAGGCCUAGUUUCCCGUCUGGGUUGGAAGGUCUGAUGGCAGUCGCUUUCGUAAAAACUAGUGCCUACGCCAAUUCUUGGGAUUAGUUGCCAACCGGAGCCCAGGCUCCCAUGAACCGUGGCGAAACUGCCGGGACAACGCAAGGAAGAUGUUGAAGUCCUACGUGUAGGACGCGGGUCGUCAGGAGGAUACAGUGAUAUACAGAAUUAGAAUGAGUAAAAUGACAGGACAUGUUAAAAAUAAUUAUUCGGUAUUCGGUAUAUUUUGCAAUGUUCGUAUUCGGCCGAAUAGUU